UAUCGUGUAGUGUAGUGUAAUGUACACACACUGCCCCUGCUGUGUGCCUAGGCCCUAGCCCUAGCCCCUAGGGUAGGGUUGUGUUGUGUAUAUAUCCAACAGUGAAAUGGAAGCUACAAGCCAGAGGUCUAGCUAAACGCUAGUUAGCUAGCUAGCAGCAAGCCAACCAACCUGUCCAUGCACCAUGCCGUCCAAGGAAUUCUGGGCAGGAAUUGGAUCAGUUCUGGCCUUCAUACUCGCCCUCUUCUCCAUGGCCCUGAACCACGAAAACAUCACCCUGUGGAUGAACAAGGUCAAAGCCUUCUUGAGCCCAUACAUCCAAAUCACCAUCCCUGAGUACGGUGCCGAGCAUCUUGAACGCAGCGACUUCUUCGUUGCGAUCGAGGCCUACCUCUCCCUGUACUGUGCCGCUGACGUGCGCAAGCUGAAGGCCGAGCUCGGCAGCCACAGGAAGAUACCCCUGUUCUACGUCGACGACGGACAGCAGAUCAUCGACACCUUCGGCGGCGGCGGCCGCGGUGGCCGCGGCCGCACGGCCACGGUCUGGUGGCACGCGUACAAGGAGACGCCAAAGGGCAGCGUCAGCGUCGUCUGCCAGCCCGGUGAAGAGGAGCGCCGCUUCUACCGAGUUUCCUUCCAUCGCAGGUUCCGCAAAACUGUCCUGGACGAGUAUCUGCCCCACGUCAUCGAACGGGGCCGCGACGUCAUCGCCAAGAACCGGCAGCGCCGCCUCUUCACCAACAACCCAAACAACGGCUGGAGCCACGUGGCGUUCCAGCACCCGGCCACCUUCGACACGCUCGCCAUGGACCCGACGCUGAAGCGGGCCAUCCUCGAGGACCUCGACGCCUUCAGGAAGAGGAAGGAGUAUUACGCCAGGGUCGGCAAGCCAUGGAAGCGUGGGUACCUGCUGUUCGGGCCCCCGGGCACCGGCAAGUCCACCAUGAUCUCCGCCAUGGCCAACUACAUGGACUACGACGUCUACGACCUGGAGCUCACGGCGGUCAAGAGCAACAACGACCUGCGGAGGCUCUUCACCAAGACGGCAGGGAAGUCCAUCAUCGUCAUCGAGGACAUCGACUGCUCCGUCGACCUCACCGGCAAGCGCAGGGGCAAGAAGCAGCAGCAGGCACGGAGCAGUGACGGAGCCGAGCCUGAGCUGUCCCCAACGAUGGAGGAAGCCGCCGGCGCCGCCGAGAGUGCAGACGGCAGCCAGCAGCUGACGCUCUCCGGCGUGCUCAACUUCAUCGACGGCCUGUGGUCGGCGUGCGGCGGCGAGCGCAUCAUCGUCUUCACCACCAACCACAAGGACAAGCUGGACCCGGCGCUCAUCCGGCGAGGCAGGAUGGACAUGCACAUCGAGAUGUCCUACUGUACCUACGAGGCCUUCAAGGUGCUGGCAAACAACUACCUCGAGAUCGACGACCACCAGCUGUUCGAGCGCUUCGGCAAGGUACAGCAGCUACUGGAGGUGACCAAAAUGUCUCCGGCGGACGUCGCGGAGCACCUAAUGCGCACGCCGGAUGAUGCUAGCGCGUGUUUGGAGGGUCUCAUGCUGGCUCUCAAGGAGAAAGCGGAUGCAGCCAACAGGUAGAUGGACAAAUCCAUGGACAAGGAGGAGACAGUCGUCAAAUAAUAAUCCAUAGACAUGCAUGCUUAUAAUUUGUCUGUUUAGAGCUACAACAGUACCUCAAACUCGUGUUUAAAAUUGAAACUAGUCA